UGGAAUGCACUUCUAGUAUGAUGUGGAGCAGGUACGGAUGUGUCUAUAAUAUAGUGACAGUAAUAUUAUACAGUUAUGGGGUAAACUCACAAAACUAUUACCACACCCUGGAACCAACAAGAGAUGGAUAUGAUUAUAUAACUAAUACAGCAAAACCAGAACCGUUUACAUUAUACGGAAACCCAAUACCACAAAAGAAUGGAAAUUACGAAAAUAUACAAAUUCCAAGUGUAUUUUACAAGUAUCCUGUUACUUACAAAGCAACUCAAGAAGUUCCAGCAAAAGUUGUGACUUCGUCACGUUUUGAUGAGAAUAAAGACGCAAACGUACAAGUAAUUAAUAUACCAACAAACAAUAAAAAUAAAAAUAAUGAUUUAAAACCCAAAGUUGAAGCAUAUCUAAUUACUAAUGAUUCAAAGAAUGACGAUGAUAAACAUAUUAUAUUAGACCCUGAAGAGAAUAUAGAGUCAGAUAACAACGAUGCAUCUCAAACUAAAAAAGAAGAGACUAAUCAUAAAAAUAGAGACGAAGAAAAUAUUGAAAUAGACAACAAAAUUGUCGCACCAGCUUGGAAUGAAACUAUAGUUGACAAAAUAGAUUUUGAUGAUAAUAACAACGGAAUUACUAAACUAAAGGAUACUUUAGGCAUCCUAUCAAAUAAAUCUUAUGGAGAAGUUAAACUUAUAGGAGAGCCAUUUAUAAAAAUUAUGAAUGUAAAUAUUGGACAAGAUAAUUUACUAAAAAAUGCACGUGAUGAAGUCAGUAGACCGUUGCUUGAAGAUCUUGACACAAAAGAAAAAAAAGAUCAAGUGAAGAGAAUUAUUAUAACUUUACCAGACUCAGAUACCACAACAGUCAUCAUAAGUUCAAAAAAAGAUAAUGAAACGUCCGAAAACACAAAAGAAGAACAUCAAAAUAAACGAAAUACCCACCUUCGACAUAGCUCACAUGGACAGAAAUAUCGGAAUAUGGGACCUAACCUAACUACAAACAACUACAAACAACUACAAACCAAUAGGUACCAAUACAUAUAAACCAUCACCAAAUCGAAAGAUGUGGCCAAUACCCCAGGCAUAUCCAAUACAUUUUCAUAAAGCUAGCUCUCCCUAUUCAGAUUUAUACCCAUACAAAUACCCAAAGAUCUAGAUGACAAUAAAUAUUUUGCCCAGAA